AUGGGGGGCGGCGCCUCGACGCGGGCGCGGGAGGACGCGACCACCACCAGCCGCGUCACGUACCGCAACGGCCACCCAAAGGCGCUCGGCGACGAGGUGAUCGGCUGCUUCAGCACCUGCGACGACACCGGCAAAGUCGUCGCCCCACCCGGGCUGCUCUACCGCAUCGUGGACCGCAGCAGGCGGCGGUGGUCCUUCUACAACGACACGACGGAGUACAACAUGGCGGUCACCGGCCACUUCGGCCCGCGCAACGUCAUCAAGGCGCUGGGGAAGGCAAAAAUGUGGCGCGAGAUGCCGGGGGGGCUCCUCAUCGUCGAGCUCGUCGUCCCGCCGCUGCAGACGGAGCCCUACUUGGAAGGGCUCGUCACAGACGGAUUCGACCUGCGGUUUCGGGCCCUACCGACGUAA